AUGUACUGUAGCGUUCUCUCCAACCUCUCUUUCUCAGUUUUCUCCCCAGCUGCCGCUUUUGGAGCAUUCAAUGUUCAGCGCGUUGACAAACCCAUCUCCUGCAAGGAAAUCAAAAUAGAUCGACGAGGUCAGAAGGGAGUGAAGAAGAUCAAGGAAGAUCCGGGGAGCAUUUAUGGUAGAAGUAAAUCCAGGGCAGGGUUAUCUCCCACUGAUGAUAUUAAAGGCAAAUGGAGGCGUGCCAGAAGUAUGCCCUGCCUAGGCAAAUCUGGCCAAUUGCAGCUAAAGCCACCUGAUCAACUACCCAGUAAUGAAUAUGGAGGAGGGAGAAGAUCCUUGGCUGCACUCGGCAGGAAGAGAGUUAAGAAGGAAAGGGGUGAGGAAAAUCUUAAAGGCCAUAAACAAGAGGUGCAGCAGAAAGGGGAUCCAGACAUUAAAGACAUACAGAGAGCUCACCUGAAGAAAAUUUGGGAGAGGGAUAUGACAAUCAUCACCACUACACUUACCUAUACCCUGACAACCAGACACGAGUCUCAGAAGAUCGAGAAGGAGAGGGUAGAUACUCAGCGAACCAGGACAGAGCAUCUGGACAGGCGUCUGGGAAUAGCUACAACAAAGAAGAGGAAACUACCUGAGAAGAGUAGCCUUUACCAUAAAGGGAAAUUAAGAGGUAAACAGAAGAGGCCACAAGAAGAGGGAGGGGAUAACCAACUACCCCAUUUAUUACCAAAGGCUGGUAAGGGUUUCGCUGAGCAAGAGGGGCAGGUCGAUUGGCACUAUAAAAAGAUCAAGCAACAUGCAGAGUCUACCCAGUUCAACCACAAAACCAGCAAGAGCAAACCCAAGCUCCAGAAAUCACCCCGGUGGAUCCCAAAAACAACUGUGCCUACCCAUCCUUUAGCCCAUCCACUACCUCAAAAAUGGAAUUGA